ACAUUUAAAGCAGUUGUUUAGCCGAACAAAUCUCUCGCCAAAUGAUGCAUUUACUUAGCAUUAGCAAGGUUAGCUAAGAUCAGACAACAGAUGUUUCGUAAAAGAAUAACUGGUUCUCUCCCAUUAGUUGGCUGCGGCUGAGGAAGUGCGUUGUUGAUCACCUCUACGUGUGUCAACAUGGUAAACGUCCACAAAGGAGUCCUUGUUGAAUGCGAUCCUGCCAUGAAACAGUUCCUCCUCUACCUCGACGAAACGAUGGCUUUGGGAAAGAAGUUUAUCUUAAAAGAUCUUGAUGACACGCAUGUUUUCAUCCUGGCAGAGGUGGUUCAAAUCCUGCAGGAAAGAGUCGGCGAGUUAAUGGACCAGAAUUCAUUCCCCAUCACACAAAAAUAACAAUCUAUAGAAGAAAAAAAAAACUCCUGUACUAUGGACUGGUUGGCAUUGUUUUGGGGUUUUUUUUUAGUUGGUUUGCAGCCAUUUGCUCAACUGGAAGAGCUGCUGAUUAUUUCUAUGAAAACUCAUUUACGUUGUAGCUGCUCAGUAAGUUUCUCUUUAUUGUGUUGGAUUAUCUAAAGCCGCUAAGUGUUGCAUAGAAAUAAUUCUUAAAGGAAAAGAGACAAAACUUCACAAUAAUGCUUCUUUGGAGGUGAUCCCUGACAGAACAUUUGGAGAUGGUAAUUAAACCCAAGAAAAGAACCAGAAAUUGGCAGUAACAUUGAUUUAUUUUAUUUUUCAAAAGUUGUUUCUAAAUAAAAUUACUCCACCUGGAGACAAAG